AUGGCGGAGCGACCCACGUCGCUCUCGACGCCGCAGGCGCGCGUUGCCGCGCAGCGGCGCACGGAAGGAGGCGCGGGGUCAUCGCUGCCGAUGCCCUCGCGCCGUACCAUCUCGGAAACACGCGCUUCGGUGCGCGAUACGCCGCAAAGUGUGCGCCGCACCCCGAGCUCGCUCGGAGGGUCCGGCGGGCCGCUCGGCGCUUACCGCAGCUUGUCGCGCUCGGGAUCGACGCCGCUGCGCAGCAGCACGAGCCUCGGAAAGCGCACUAUCUCGUCUACGGACCUGCUCGAGCCGGGCGCGCUCGCGACACCCAAAGACACGCCGAAACGCACCUUGGUCUCGUCUGGCCUCGCGACGGGGCCGCGUGCGCGGCCCCUCGCCGAGCUGCCCGAGGCGCCGCAGCGAUCCGAGGCAUACGAGCUGACCAUGCUACGCACCGAGUACGACCGGCGCAUCGAGGAGGAGCAGCGCGCGCACCGGCACCUCGAGUCCCAAAUACGCAGCCAGGCGCGCGAGCUCGAGGUGCUCAAAUGCCAGCGCGUCGAGGUGCUGAACGAGUGGGAGGCGGAGCGCGCCGCGCAGCGCCAAAAGCACGAAGAUUGGCACGCGUCCAAGCACGCACUCGAGCAGGAGCUCGCGGCGCUCCGCAGCGAGACGCUGCAGCUGCGCGAGGCCAAGAACGAGGCGCUGGCGCAGGUGAACGAGGUGCAGAGCACGUCGCACGCCGAGCAGUCGCAGCUCCGCACGGAUCUCAUCGCGGCGCAGUCGGACGCGGCGCAGGCCCAAGAGCAGGCGCAGCAUUGGCAGCAGGUCAGCGAGCGCCUGCGUGCCGAAAACGCCGAGCUGGAGCAGGCCAAAGAGGGAGGCAUGCGCUCUGCGCCGGUCGACGACGAGGAAGUUACCAUGCUCAAGGAGCAGCUGAGCCAACAAAUUGCCGCGGUACACCGCUUGGAGACGUCGCAGACGCGCCUCACGACCGAGAAUGCGCGCCUCGCCGAGGCGUGCCAAGGCGCCGAGAUCCUCCGCGAGACCAACCGCUCGCUCGAGGCCAAGGCGAAGCGCAUGGAUGCGCUGCACGACGACCUGCUCAAGAAGGACCAGGAGCUGGGCACGCUGCGUGCCGAGCAGGAAAAGUGGUCCCACAUCCUCCGGCAAGGCGUGCAGACCGACGAGCAUGCGGCGUUUGUCGCUGCCGCGAAUGUCGAGGCCGACGUGCCGAAAGUCGAGCUCCCCGCCUCGCUCACGCACGAGACGCUCGCGCCGUACGUCUCGACGCUCCGCGGGACGAUCAUGGGGCUGUCUGCGCGUAUCGAGGGGCUCACCCACUCGGUCGAGCAGCUGCGCUCCUCCAACGUCACGCUCGAGCGCCAGGCGCGCCAGGGCUCUGAGAACGAGUCGAAUCUCGCACGCGAACUCUCGGAAAAGGCCACGGCGCUGAUGCGUGUACAGCGCCAGCACGACGUGCAGGCGGACGAGCUGCGGCGGUGCAAGGAGCUCCUUGCUACGUUUGAGACCGAAGCACAGGGCUCCGAGACGUACGACCAGGUGCAGUCGCAGCGUAUCGCGGAUCUCGAGACGCGCUUCGCCUCUGCACAGCAAGAGUGCAUGUCGCUCGCCUCGCGCCUCGAGGACGCGGAGCGCGCUGCGGCCGAUGCGGCCGAACGUGCGCAGACGGCCGUGGCGCCUGCGGCGACCAGUGACGCGGACCGCCGCGCGUUGGGCGAAGCGCGGACCGCACUCGCGUCUCUUGAGGCGCGCUAUGCCGAGCUCGAGGCACAGGCGCAGGCGCUCGGUGCGGAAAACGACCAGCUCUAUACGCGUGUCGGCCGCGGCGAAUUUGACCAGACGCGCGUCAAGUGCCUGACGCUCCAAGACAAUCCGGUGUCGCGCGACUAUGCGAUCCGCACUGCGACCCUCGAUGCGCUGCGCAAAGAGAAUGAAGGAUUGCUCCGCCAGAUCGAGUCGCUGCACGAGCAGCUCAAGGCGGCCGGCGCGUCGUCGCAGCCCGCGGGCGACUCUGACACAGUCGUGCCGCUACAAACGGUCGAGAACCUCAAGCGUGAGCUGGCUCAGCUCGAGGAAACGAUCCAGCUAAAGGACAAAGGCAUGCUGCGUCUCAAGCAGGUCUUUACGGCCAAGGCCAACGAGUUCCGCGAGGCCGUGCAGUCGCUCUUUGGAUACAAGCUGCGCUUCCUCGAGAACGGCAAGGUGAAGCUCACGUCGGCGUACGCACGCGGCGCGCGCGUCACCACGCUCGUCUUCCGCUCCGAAGAGGGCAACGUGGGCGAGAUGAAGCUGCAGGGCGAGGCCGCCGACGGCCUUGCCAAUGUCGCGCAUCUACGUGACUACUGGCUGAGCGACGGCAUCCGGCACAGCGUACCAUGCUUCCUCGCGGCGCUCAACCUCGAGCUCUACGAAAAUACCACCCAGGCCAUCCGCGGCGCGUUUGGCGCGCCGGAGGAGGAAUAG